AUGGAUCUCAGCGCAGACUUUGAGCGAGCGCUGGAUGAACGAGAUCUGUCGGGAAUUCUGCAGGAGAUGCGGAGACGGCCCGGGGAGAUCGAGGUGCAACAGGCCGCCAGCGAUGCCAUUUUCCGCUGCGUGCAGCACAAUCCCAGCGCCGCCAAAGAGGCUGUGGCCUUGGGCGGCCUGCAGGACUUGUCGGGUGCCAUCAAGGGCAACGUGGGUCAUCGCGACCUCUGCACCGAAGCCUGCACGGCCCUCUGGCGCCUCUGCCGCGAGGGCGGCUUCGCAGUGGCGCAGGCGGCCAUUCAGCAAGGCUGCUUUGAAGCUCUAAAAUCAGUGUUAGAUGCACACCCAGAAGGAUCCGCUCCCAAUGAGGCCGCUUUAUUAGCCCUGGGCUGUUUGGCGGAUCAUGGCAUGGUGAGCUUUGGUGGCAAGGAUCAAGUGCAGGAGAUGGGUACGAAGAAACAGAAGGGCAAGGCCACGGCCUUGAUUCGCAUCAUCCCUGAGCAAGGCUUCUGA